CGGGAGCCUUCAGAGUUAGGAGCACGGAGCUCCAACCGCCUGCGCCACCUGGCCAGCCCCUGCUGCUCCUCCUUUGAACUUAAGAUCAGUUGUUUGUUCUGGGGGAGUCAUUAAGUCCCUUGUAGACUCUAUAAACGCCAUGAACCAAAUCCACAUAUACAUGGAGUUUGCACAAAAUUUAUGAGGUUCUCAAAUCCUCUACAGCCCAAUUAUGACCUUUAAGUUAAAAUUCUUUCUAUUCCUUGACCAUACACUGAGUCCUUGCAGUAACCAGAACUAUCCAUGCCUGCCCUCCCCUCUGGGUCUUCGCCUCACACCUCCCUGUGCCCGCGACCCUUAUCCUAAUUCAUCCUUAAGGAUGAAUUGGGCAUCCCCUCCUCCCAAAAGAAGCCUUCUCUGACCCUCCGGGCUGUAGUGGCAGUUCCUUUAGCCCCCUCGGUCCAUCAGAGCUCUGGGCACUCGGGGUGGUCACUGAUGACGUCAUGUCUACUCCUGGUAACACCCUAGUCCCUACCCAUCACCUUGGGGCAAAGCAGGGCCACGGUUUUCUCCCUCCACAUCUGCAGAUUCUCCAGGUCCUCACCACCCAUCUCAUGAGCCAGGGACUGGGUGUGAUGACAGAAGCAAGAGGCAAGGCUAAGCAAAUAUUCUUUGAAGGGGUGAAGAAAUAAGGGGAUAGACGGGGGUCUACACUAGAGCACAAACCCUUUAAGUCCCUGGAGGGUGCCUCAUUCAACCAUCCAUCCUAAAAUCAAUCAUGCUGGACUCUGGAGUCACAGCAGUGAACAAGUUGAACAAUGGUUCAGAUCCCUCCUGAUAUUCCCAACUCGCAGCAGUUCAGAUGGGCGGGGGACGGAAGGGCCUCUCUGACCCUGGCCCCCUUUUCCUUCCUGGCUCCGGAGGGCGGGGCCCGAGGAGGCACGCAUGCGCAUGGGGAGGUCCGCCUUCGGCCCGGAACUUCGGUUCUGGGCGCGGUGGAGCACCGGGCGGAGCAUCGAGAAUGUGCUCAGCCGGAAGUGGCUGCUAAGAAGCCGGUGGCCGGGUUUAGUGUGCGGGUCCUGCCGCGCCAGUUAACAAGUGGUAGGAAAUCUGGAUGGAGGCCGUGGCGACCGCGGCGGCUGUGAGGGAGCCCAAUGAAGAGCCCCGUCCUGGGCACUGGGGAGAGCUGAACUGGACGCCGGUCCCAACCAGACCCCUGGGCAAGGUGGAAGCAGCAGAGAGAGUGCCACAGGCCCUGGACAACGACCCCCCUGGGGCCAAGGAGACCGAGGCCGUGAGCGCUAUGCUGCGGGCUGUGGCUGCCAGUCGCCUGCCGGUGUGCAGCCAGCAGCAGGGUGAGCCCGACCUGACCGAGCAGGAGAAGGUGGCCAUCCUGGGCCUGCUGUACCAUGAGAAGCCGCUGGUGUUCCUGGAGCGCUUUCGCACCAGCCUCCGUGAGGAGCACCUGGCCUGCUUUGGCCACUUGCGUGGUGACCACCGUGCAGACUUCUACUGUGCUGAGGUGGCCCGGCAGGGCGCUGCCCGGCCCCGCACCCUGCGCACACGCCUGCGUAACCGGCGCUACGCUGCCCUGCGUGAGCUCAUCCAAGGGGGCGAGUACUUCAGCGACGAGCAGAUGCGAUUCCGGGCCCCGCUGCUGUACGAGCAGUACAUCGGGCAGUACCUGACACAGGAGGAGCUCAGUGCCCGCACUCCAGCCCACCAGCCAGCCAAACCCGGCUCCCCCGGCACUCCCGCCUGCUCGCUCUCCGACCUGCUGCUCCAGUCCUACCAGGAGCGGGAGCUGCAGCAGCGGCUGCUCCAGCAGCAGGAGGAGGAGGAGGCCUGUCUGGAGGAGGAGGAGGAAGAGGAAGACAGUGAUAAGGAAGAUCAGAGCCCUGGCAAAGACUCGGAGACCUGGGUUCCCGACUCUGAAGAGAGGCUGAUCCUGCGGGAAGAGUUCACCAGCCGGAUGCACCAACGCUUCCUGGAUGGCAAGGACGGGGAUUUUGACUACAGCACCGUGGACGACAAUCCUGAUUUCGACAACCUGGACAUUGUGGCCCGGGAUGAGGAGGAGAGGUACUUCGACGAAGAGGAGCCUGAGGACGCACCUAGCCCAGAGCUGGACGGGGACUGAUGGCCCUGCCCCCCGCCCUGCCCCGACCCAAACAAAGCAGCUGAUCACA